AUGGCGAACCCUCGUCUUCUCGCCCCCUGUGGGGAGAGUCCUGCGUCGUGCCUCGUCGCUCCCAAGUCGGCGGCACCCCGCCCUGCGAGAGAGGCGCUCCUGUCCGGCUGUUCAUUCGCAGCCUCGCGCGAUGCGUCUAUCCAGUGCGCCGCACCACCCGCGACCGCUCCAGGCCGUAUGCCAAACGCGUUGCCUGCUCAGAAGGGAAAGAAUGUGGACUCCACCGCGGCAGCAACCCCCGAGUCGAGUGCGCUCGCAGCCGAGAUGCUGCGGCAGGGCCUCUUCAGCGUCCGCGUCGCUGGACGGUAUCGGGCGGAACUGAUCGGGGCCUGCCUCUUCAUGCGGCACGGCGCGCGGACUCCGAAAGAGAAUCUCUUGAUCUCGGCCGGCCCAGACUCCCGCCGGCCUUCCCCGUCGGUGGACAGAGCCGAGUCGCCCUCGGAAGAGGACAGCCGAAAAAUCGACAGCUCCUCUUCAAAACUCCAGAAAUCAGAGUCGGCGGUGGCGGCGGACGACUUGGAGCCGCAGGCGAAAAGACUGCAAGAAGCAGGCGAGGGGGGCGACAUGCGAGUCCAAAACAGCGUACAGAAUGGAGAACCGCCAUGCGGCGAAAGGCCUCGCGUUUCGCGGGACGUAGCGGGAGGGAAGCCGGCGGCGAGCCCAGACUUGCUGGCAGCUGAUACGCAAGUCGAUUUGGAGACUCCGCAUUCUGCAGGUGGUUUCCCAAGACGAGACACGCCAGGCCUUGUGUGUGGCGACAGAGAGGGUGACCUCGAGGUUUCGAAUGGCCCAGAGAAUGUCUUCUUAGGCGAUGUCGCGGGUCCGCGCGCGCAGAUGUUGCGGCCGGAGACAGGCGCCCCGUUGAGUGCCUCGAGUCCAGUGAGCGCUCCGGAUUCAGGCGCGCCUUCUGCAGGAUGCCCCUCGCCCGCUGCGGAUCCUGGCUGUAAGACAGCGAAGAGCGCCGCCCCGGCAACUGGAACAGAGAGAAGAGCCGCCGCGCUGGCUGCUGCUGGGACCGACGGCGCCCACUUCGCGAGUGCAUCUCGCGAGAUAUCUCCGCCGAGCUCGGUUCUCGCAUGCUCGGAGGCAACGGCAGACGCGACUGCGGGCGCCUCAGCGGCGCCCUGCUUAGGCGCAGAGAAGCGUUUGGAAGGAACGGCUCGGGGCGUCGUUGCCAGCUUGCCGGAAACCGUUGAAGAACGCGGAGGGGCGGGGAGGGCGACUUCGCGGCCGCCGAAAGAAAGCAGCCUUGAGAAGAGAGGCACGUGCGAAUCCUUCAGUGUCGCCACUGGAGGAGGGAGGGUGCGUGCGUCCUGUGUGGACCCUGCGUGCAUGCAGCCGGACGGAUCGGCGGCUUUUCCAGGCGACUCUCUGCGGAAGAACGCGACAGGCACGAAACGGAAAGCAAACAGCACGCCUGGCGUGUGCACGUGUGGACUGGUGUCGACGGGCACUCCUGGCGCGCAGCCUGGCAGUGGCAGAUUUCACACACAGUCGAGGACUUCAACCUUGCCUUUCCUGGCGUCGCUCCCCGUUCCUGUGUCUCCUCAGUCUCCAGACCCCACAUCCACCGCGUCUUCGUCUUCCUCCACCCCUAUCUCGUCUCGCUCGCGGUCCUGUUCCUCCGGAACGGAGGCGCUCGUCGCCUGCGCGUCGGCGCACACCUGGCGCGCUGCUUCUCCGGGGAACUUUGAGAGGGGGCCGGAAGGGCGACCGCCUGCGUGUGCUCAGAACGACGGCUUCGACAAAGCCUUUCCCGCGGAGUCCUCUCCUUCCGGAUCGCCGUCCCGCGCGCCGCCCGGCGACGGCCGAGCUGUCUCUUCCCUCGCGUCCGUGCUUCCGGGUUCUCACGCCGCAGAGAUCUCGGCCCGAACCGGCGCGCCUCUCGCGCCGGUUCGGGCCCUCGCGAGCUCGCCGUCUGCGUGGCCGUUUAACUGCGCGCCUGGACUGCUCACGGCAGCGGGCUGGCAACAGGCCGCAUGCAUCGGCUGUGCGCUGCGGCGGACGCAGCGCAUCAUUUUGAGGAACGCCUUCCUGCGCGAGCGCCUGGCGAAGCUGGAGAGGGAAGAAGCCCAAGAAGGCGGUCAACAGACCCUGCGCUCUCUUCACACACAAGAGCCCCAUUCUGGCGAGACGCAGAGAGCUUGCCGGCGCCACAGGGGAAGUGACAGUCCCCGAGGUCCCCGCGAAACGCUGCAGCGGGAAGCCUGGCAGCAGACAGACAGUGCUUGCGCGGGCGCGCCGACAAAGGUUGCCUCCCAGUCAGGUGGUUCGAGCGCCUUAUCGCCUCUUGCGUCUGCAUGCGCGCGAACCUGUGCUGGCGAGUCUUCUCUGGCAGCGCCCGAGCCUGCGGUUUCCUGGCUGUCUCAGUCUGACACUUUGUCUCUCCACUGCGUUGAACCGUCCUGUUCUUCGAUUUCGAACUGGGAGUCAAGCAUGGCCUCCGUUCUUCACGUCUCCGCUGGUGUCUCGCCUGCUAAUUCUUCCGACCCUCCUCGCCCUGGCGAUCCGAGCUGUACCCUUGCGUGUCGCCAGUCCGACUCUGGGGUCCGCAUCCGCAGCUUCGCGGGCGACCGUCAACCCGUCUGUCCUUCAGUUUCUGCUCGGGAUCCGCCCCUCAGGGAAGGCGAGAUGAGGGACCGCACCUCGCCGGUCUCUGGUCGUCCCCGGGGCGAGUCGGAUCGCCAGGUUCCUCCAGGAUCCUCAGAGACUCCGCCGCUCUCAGCCGUUGCUCCGCGUGCCCCGCCGUCGCCCUCGGCUGUGUCCGGCGAGCUGGGCGAGUGCUCACUCAGCGGCUUGGCUUCCGCUCGAGAGCGCCCCGAAAACGCGCCUUCGCGGGGCGUCGCCGGUGACGCUCUGGAGGGCGCGGCGUUCGUCCUCAAUCGACACGCGUCCCUGUUUCUCUGCAGCACAGAGUCGCUGCGGUGUCAACAGACCGCGGCGGGAGUCCUCGCAGGUCUCCUCCACGGGCCGGCGAUCUUUCGCGAGUCCCAGGGCGGCUGCGCGUGCGCCGCGAGCGGGGAUCGGCCUUCCUGGUCACUUCAGAAGAACACUGCGUGCCUGCCUCUCGACACGUGUAACGAGUCGCCUUCCGCGCUCCUCGUCACGCCCGCGAGCGGCCAAAGCGCCGCGCCUCGGCACGUCGGGCAAGCGACGAGCAGCGUCGAAGAAAGACUCGCCCCUGGAGGGAAAAACCCGAGCGGUGCGGCGUGUCUCGACGCCGCGACGCGAGGCACCACGGAGGCGAAGGAAGAGCUCGGCGGCGAUGCCACCCACCGUGAAGCGGAGAUGCGCACCGGGAGAUCGUCGCUGUGCAAAGAGAACAAGAGAGGAAGCGAAGAGGCGCCGGCUGAUUGGCGAGCCGGCAAAGAGGCCGUGGCGAGCUGCGGCGACGGAGACAGGGUGGAGAAGCAGUGUGUGGAGAUCAACGGCAAGGAAGCGCUCAUUGCGGGCGGGAGGGAACACCCGAGGGACGGGAAAGAGCGGAACGCGAGCAACAGUCGCGAUCUCUGCUCGCGAGAAGAGGCGGGAAACCCUCCGGGACCUGCGAGGUCUAGCUUUCCAUUCGCGUCCGGGUUGCCUCUUUCUUCAGCGACAUCGGACUUCCCCAGCCUCCACGUCGCCGCUUCGGGGUCUCCACUCGCCUUCGCGCUGAAAGCGAAGAGUCAAAUUGUGAAGCUUCUCAAGCAGCGGACACUCGCGCAGUCGGCCUGCUACCAGAGAGCAUGCAUGCAGGUAGGGCAAGAGGAAGUUAUAGCGUGGUUUCGCAGAUCUGCCGUCGCAGCUGAGGUGGGGGUGGCGGGGCGCUUCGAAUCCCCCCGUUUCGCGCCGCGAGAGGCUCGUCGGCUGUCCACCGUCAAGUGUGCGUGCAUGUUUUCGGGAGAAAAGCUGCUGCGUGCAGAGUCCGAUCUGCUGCGGCAGCUGACGGGGUGGGAGGAGAAGGCGGGGUUGAAGGUCAUGAAGAAAUUCGUCUCCUCGUACAGCACCUAUCUCUUUCACGGUGUGCCGCCUCCUCCACUGAGUAACGGCGCGUUCCACUUCGCUCCGGGAGCUCCAGACGCGCCGACGACUGCCUCCUUCGCCACGUCUUGCGGGGACAUCUCGCGUCAGUCUUCUGUCCUUUCUCACUUUGACGAGGCGCAUGCAGCGUCGGCCUCGCCGGCGUCUUUCUCCCAGCAGCGGUCCUCUUCCCCGUCGCAGGUCGCGGGGAUCCUGGGGCCGAGGCGAGCGGCGCGGAGCGAAGAGCCCAGCGAGGGAGAGGAGACGGGGGAGCGGGCGGGCGGAGGGAGUGAGGGAAGCCGAGACCCGCGAGAGGCAGACGCGAACGGGGCGCGAGACUCUGGAGCAGGCGGGAAGAGUGGCGAGCAGGGCGAGGAUCUCGAGAGGAAGCCCGAGGCAAGAGAGAGACAGCUGCCGCAAGGGGAGGGUGAAGACAGCCAGUGCAAAGAAGGAAGUGGGGAAAAGGAGACACCGGGGGGCGCGGCGUCGGCCUCGCUGCUGCAAGCGAUUUUUCUUGGAGCCGACGUCAUCACGCGUCUUCAAUUCGGCGAGGAAGAAGAAGUGGGUUGGCGGGCAGGGGGAAUCUCUCUCCUCGAACUCACGGGGCGUCUUGAGCAGAUGGCUGAUUGGUGUCUCGCGCGCGAAGAAAGCUGCCACGCGCAGAGACCUCAGGAGAGCCAAGCAGCGCAGGCGUGCGGAGCGACGCGUCCUGGCGCAGAAGACACGCGCAAGGACGGAGAGAGAGAAGUCGAGCUAGAGACCGAGACCGGGCGAAACGCGGAAGGCAGAGAGGGGGAGACAGACAUUAGCACGAAAGGAGAGGAAGAGCGAGCGGACGAGCACGAGGAGGCGGCCGACUCCCAACCGCCGUUGCUGCAGAUCUUUGUGACUCACCAGUCCGCACUGCUGGCUCUUCAAGGUGCCCUGGGUGUACAGACAGAGGACCUCCAUGUGCCGCCGUUCGGGUGUUACAUCUCUGCCGAAUUGCUUCGUCUCUGCCCGUCUUCCGCGGGUGACGAGUGGUCUUCUGGUUGCGUGUGGGAAGAAGCGGACGGAGGCGCGCAGGAGCGCCCGGACGGACGACGAGACACCACAGAACGCGUGGAGAGGACGUUUUUGCAGAAAGAAGAGAGAGAGGCUUUGCCGCGUCCUCCAAGACCGGCCGUCUCAUCGGCGCCGACCGGAGAAGAUGGUCGCUGCGCUGCCGACCUUCCCGUUCCGGAUGGCGAGGCUCGGGACCACACGCCCCGUGAUUCGGACCUCGAUGGCGCUGGAGAGAACAAGAGUGGCGAUCCGUGUUCUUCUUUCUCUCCUCUGCAUGCGAUUUCUGGAUGUGAGACCCAACUGUUCUGUGCCAGUACGCCGAGAAAUGCGCUUGUCAGUGAAUCGUCUAUCUCUCGUUCGCUCGCUUCCAACAUUGCCAGUCUUGAGGCGGAGAGCGCAGAAGGUUCGCGUACUCCGGCGAAUGAAAAGAAAUCUGCACGGUACCCAUCCAGCGCGAGGAAAGCAGACUUCUUGCAUCUCUCCUCUUCCGCGUCAUCCUGCACUCCUGCGAAAGCGUCACCAUCCUCUCGCCCGUUUCCAGACGUCUCAAGUUUACCUUCUUCCCCCUCUGGGCCGUCGUCGCGUCGCCCGCUUGCGUUCCCGCAUCCGCUCUUGGAGCGUCGCACCAGUCCGCAGCCGAUAGAAGCUCGGAAAAAGCAUCCCGGGUGUCUCGUUCGGUGGACCUUCAAUGGAGUUCAUCCGGUUGUUCUUCCUCCCAGUCUCCGUUGCAGGCUUCCGAUCCAGCGCCUCUCGUCCUUCGCCGACUCUUCGGGUGCGUCUUUCCCUUCUCCGGCGAGGUCGGCUCGGCGAAGCACGAGCGAGCGAGAAACGACGCGAGAGAACGAAGGGAGAGAACGCUCGGCGCAACUGGCCGACCGGUUGCAGCAAGCUCUUCAAGAGAGGGGGGAGAGGCUCUACGCCCUUCAACACUGCGCAGCAGCGGCGGAGUACGCAGCGGCAGAUGCUCAAGUGCGCAGCGCUCUGGCGGAGGAAGACAAUUUGUCGCUGUGUCGGUCUGCGUCGCCCCGUCUCAAGCACGGCGAAGGGGGGAGAGCUGAGAGACGGCUGGGGAUCCGCAGGCAGAGAAAGGAGAAGGGGGAGAGCGAGACAACGAGACUGGCUGAGACGGAGCCGGGGAAAAAGACAGAGGAAGAAGGGUCCAGGUUGACAACGAAAUGUGCGAGACAAUUUGAAGAGGAAACACAGGACAAGGACUAUGUCUACGAUGAGGAUGAACUCGAUUUGGAAACAUGUAAUAUUGUUGAACUGGACCGCCUUGUGGCGUUCCUCGAUGAACGAGUUGCCAAGUAUGGCAUGCCUAUCCCUAUCGGGGAUGACUCACGGAGACACCGGGAGCUCGUGUUUCACGGUCUCGCCGGAGGCCCGAAGGACGACGCCGAGGGUAAGAGAAGAGACGCGAAACAAGCCACGCGGUAG